GUAUCUAUUCUGAUAAAAGAAACAAGAAGCUCUGCUUUACUGAAAACAGAAACGCUUUAAUCGGAUGUGACGUCUGAAUUACGUUCAAGAUGUAGCCUAUGUCUUUUUUUCUUCUUCCACAAACACAAACACUCAACAUCAGCCAACCAGUCACACAAAUGCAAACACAAAUGUCGAACAAAUUUGUCUAGUAUAAAGUAAUUCGUUAACUCAGCAACUAAGACUUCUGCACCUGUACACCGAACAUGUAUCAUGACCUAUUUAUAUAUAUAUAUAUUCAUAUUUUAUUAGCGGAAGUAGCGGUGAACCUCCUUGCUGUUCUAUUAAAGUCUUUUGGUUCCUCGUCUUUGACUUUGCGGCCGAUCAGACCCAUUUCAAAAACGGUAGAGAUCUUCAUCACCGGCCUCCACGCCGCCUCCUUCAGCCUCUUGGCGUCAAACCUCGGACUGAAAAGCAGCACGGGCAGCCGGUGGGCAAACGAAGGUACCUCUUUCGACUCCUCCUCGCGGCCCUCGUCCUUCUCCUCUUUGCUCUUGUUCAGCUCAAUCUGGUGCAAGAUAGUCUCUUUAGUGGAAAACAUUUGGAAGAGAACGGCCUCCCACAUCUUCGUCGCCACAGGAGGGUCUUUGGGUCGGUUCUCAUCUGGAGUGACGGGCUCGUCAAAGUCCAUCUCGGUGGGGGCCUUUUGCGCCUCGCUCUGUUCUGGCCCGGCUAUCUCCUUCUGGGACCGUAUAUCUGGAAAUUUGGGCUCCUCCUGUUCCAUGACCAUGUGCUUCUUGAGUCGGGACCAACCACUCAAUUUAGAUUUUACGCCUUCCGGCCCUUGUAUGACCUUGAGAAGGGGCUUAGGCAAGAGGGAUUCAUCUCCUUCCUUUAUCUCAGUUGCAGAUUUAACUAAUGAAGCUGAUUCUGCUUUGGUUUCCUUGCCUUUAGUUCCUGUUGACUCAAUCGUAGACAUCUUAGCAGGGAGAGCAGUGCUUUGCUCGGAGUCUUCUGCUUUGGCCCUGGUUGCGUCUACUGGUUUCGCCAGCUCUUUAUUAUCUGAGACGUCGGUUUUUGUCUCAGUUCCACAUUCCUGGACUUUAUCUUUGCCUAAAAGCUUUCUCGGUGCCAUCAGAGGAUCUUUCUCGUCACUGUUUGACGCAGGAUGUUUGGCUUCCGAAGGUUUCAACUUCGGUUUGGCCACUUCUCGAACUUGUGUUUCUAUUUUCUUUUUCUCAAGAGAUUUCCCCUCUGCUGCUGGAAAUUGAGCCAUUGCUGUUUUUUGAAUCACAGUUUUUUCUUGGUCCUCUGCGGUUUGACAGAAUACCAUACUGGUCUUUUGUUUUGACGUUGUUCUUGAGGCGUCGGAUUCUUGUGAAACAAUAAUAGUUGCGAUUGAAAGGGUGAUUGUAUCCUUUUUAGCUUCCAUGUGGGGUUUAUCUACAUCGUUGAGAGUUUCUUUGGGUUUCUUCACAGAUGAUUCUUGGCUAGUUGUCUUACAUUCUGCUGAUUCCUCUUUUGCAGCUGCACCCUCCUCCUCAGUUUUGGAUCCGAAGAUAUCAAAUGCUGGACAGUAAGUUCUUAUUCCACCGUGAGCAGCAUAUUCAGCUGGGGUCAACCCCCGGUAGCCAGAAUUUGACUUUUCAUUCUUUUUGGUCAGGGUUUUGGGUCUCUGAAAGACUAUAGGGGAUAAAACAAAAGGCAAAAUCCCACGUGUUAGUGUCCUUGGUCUUUUAUAGCCAGGUGACGUGGUCAUAAGUCGGGAUGCUUCGUAUGUUGGUGUCUUAGGCCUCUGAUUAUUGCUGUGAGGAAUAACUACUAGUGUUUUUGGCUCAGCUGUUGAAGUGUUGACAGGUGAAGCAGUUCCUCUUGUCAGAUCAGACUCCAAUUUCGACUUUGUUAUGCAUUGUUGGAUUGGUUUUACAGCAGAAACGAUUUCCGAAUAAAUGUCCCCAUUCACUAUUAUCUCAGUAGGCUUAGGUUCAAGGGCCUUGAUGCUUUGGGAAGCAGAUAUAUUGCCCAUAGCAGGAACACUGUGGGGCGUUCUUGACCUCUCUAGUUCUACAGUGAUUGGCGACACUGCAAACAAGCGAGGAUUGGGUUUGGAGACUUCAAAGGCAGGCGUUGUGGCGCGAGACAAGUGGUAUGCUGGGGUUCUAGGCCACCAUGGCGAAGUUGUUUGAAACUCAAAAGUUGGUGUUUUAACUCUUUCAGCCGUUAGGGUAGCUGUUUUGAUUUCAGCCGUUGGGAUACUUCCUUUCAUUUUGGCCGUUGGGGUAGCUCCUUUGAUUUCGGCUGUUGGGGAAGCUCUUUUGAAUCCAAACGUUGGUGUAGCUCUUUUCAUUUUGGCUUUAGGAGUUAUGACCGUAAUAUCUGCUGUUACUUUAGUGCCUCUUUUGAUUUUUGAUGUUGUUGUCUUUCUCGGGGAAUCAGUGCCCAUUAUAGGAAGCUGAGCUGUUGUUGUUGUGCCUCUUCUGCCUGCAGAUGCUGAAGUCAAAUCUGGUUUUGUUUCUGUUGGGGUUUUACUUUGAGGUACUGUGCUGCCGAUAGCGGUCAAUCCAGGUGUGCCAUACACCGGUGGGGUCCUGGAUGACUUGUAGUGUGAUGUGCUUGUUGUGUACAACCUAAUUUGAGGGACGUCGAACAUCGGCUUGGGUAAUCUUGAAUGCUCUGUUGCUUUGAACGUUGGACGUGGACUUUUGGAUUUGCCGCACAGGGUCAACACAGUUAGAGGACGAACCACAGCCGGACCCCCAGUUUCUGAAUGUGAAGUUGGACCUGGACUCUUAGUCUUUGGGGUUUCUCCGGCUGCUCCCAGUUUCACAAUGACAUGAGUUUCAGCAAAUAUGCUGAAAGCUGGCUUUUUCGCCGCCUCGGGUAUAUAACAAGUUGGCAGAGAUAUUUGGGGCACCGCCAACUCUACUACCGGCCCCGGAGCUGAUGUAUCCCCAGCAAGGGGAAUCGAUGUGGAAAUUGUGGUGAUGAGCUGCGAGUGUGACAGGGUUCCCACUGCCUGAGGCGAGGACCUCGCCCCUCUGCCGAGGGUUAUGCGGUGUGGGUAAGGCGAGCCCACAUGUUGAUAAAGCGGCCUGACAGUAAACCGCGGAGGCGGCUGGAUACUGUGGCAGCCGAAUGGUGCCUCUAGGGUCUUGGGAAGGGUGGAGUGGUCGCUGUGCUCAAGGUCGGGGCUGGCUUCAUUAACUGGGGAAAGGCUGGAGCGGAAAAGCGCGGCGGGCUGCGAUGCCUGAAAGGAAGCCUUUUUCUUGGUGGUUCUUUUGAGUAGCUUCUGAAGACGAACAUUGUCCUUUCUGGGCUUUGGUAGCAGGGGUGGGGUGUAAUGCUGGGAAAGCAGGCUCGACUCAGCGAGGGAGCAGUAUGCAACAGCCAUGAGCCCUUCAGUACCC